AUGUGUCUGAAAUAUUUUCGCUACGUUCCAUGGGCUUCAUUAUUUGCCCUUAUCAUUACCAUUGUUGGCUCUGUUAUGUUUAUCAUUCUUUUCGAUAAUGCCUUAAAAGGAUUUGCUGGACAACUUAAUGUAUUAGUACCAGUGGGUACAUUUUUGAAAUUUCGAUGGCUUCUUAUCGGUGUAACAUUAUGUAUUAUCCUUAUCGCUAUUGGAUUCUUAUUUGUUGGUGCAGCCGCUACAUCCGUAUCAGUUCGUUAUCAUACAAGAAGAGAUAUACCAGAUAAACGAUCAUUUCUUAUUCGAGCAAUUACAUCACCAUGUAUUCUUGGCUUAUUAUCAUUGGUACUCAGUAUUUUAGUAAUAUUUUGGUGUGUAAUUGUAUCAAUUAGUGCCGUAUUUGCGUCAUUUUAUAUCGUAUUUAUUACCUCGAUAUACUCAUUUUGUAAUAUGGUCGAUAAUCAAUGCUUUGAUUUCACCGUUUUACUACCAGCUAUUAUCAAUCAAAUUAGCAAUAAGAAAGUGGAUUUGAAAUUUUGCAAAGACAAAAAGGAAGCAUUAUGCGCGAUGGAGAAUAAUCAAUUUUGGUCAUUUAUUGGUGCUUUAUCAUUUUGCUUUCUUACUCUUACUGGAUUAGUAUAUUUUCUAAUGUGCAUGAGUGCUAAUUACACUCGGAUUCGUUCAGAAAGACGAGCAUAUAAAGGUGAACAUUUGGCGAUGAAUCAGGGUACCGUUGAUUCCAAUUCAUUCAUUCUUACAAAUAUGGGCAAAUAA